UAUUAUAUUAAUAUGUACUAAUUUGUAAAUUGCAAGAUUAUUAUUAUUAUUUCCCCCAGUUCAAAUUCUAGAUUGUAUGUAUUAUAAGCUUUAGAUUUAUUCUGAAAAAAAUUAAUUAGCGUUUGCUGUUAUAACUACUAUGAGUAAUUACAGUCAAAAAGUGUUCAGUGUGUUGAGAAUCGGUUUACACGUCAAUCGAAAUAUUGGUAUUAGACACUUGAGUAGUACUAGAAAUUUAGCUAUGAGAUUUAUCCAAUUUAAAAUUGGUGGCGAUCGUGGCUUGGGUGUACAGUUGCAAAUUGAUGGUCCUGUAGUGAGUCUUAGUGGCGCAGAUCCGUCGAUUCCAACGGAUAUGGUAUCCUUUUUGAAUAGUGAUUAUUCAAUCGGGAAUAUACAAAAAUUAGUAAAUGAGAAAAAAGUUGUUUUUCCAGCAAAUCAAAUAGAGUUUUUGCCUUGCAUAACCAAUCCAGAUAAAGUUAUAUGUGUGGGUCUAAACUACAAAGGUCAUUGCGAUGAACAAAACAAACCAUACCCAGUAGAACCUUUCUUUUUUUCAAAAUUCCCAAGUACUAUUAUUGGACCAUAUGAUUCAGUAAAACAUUCUUCUAUAUCAAAAGCUAUUGACUGGGAAGUAGAAAUGGCUGUAGUUAUCGGAAAGAAAUGUAGAAAAGUAGAUGUUCGAGAUGCAUACAACUUUAUAUUCGGCUAUACAGUUGCACAAGAUAUUUCUGCGAGGGACUGGCAAAAAACUAGAAAUAACGGACAAUGGUUAAUUGCAAAGAGUAUGGACACAUUUUGUCCUUUGGGAUCAGCAUUAGUGCACAAAAGUGAAAUUUCUGAUCCUCACUCUUUACCUAUUAAAUGUGCUGUCAAUGGAGUGUCCAAGCAGAGUGGCUCAACUAAAGAACUUAUUCAUCGAGUGGAUGCUUUGGUUUCCUUUUUGUCCAAUUUAAUAACACUAUUACCAGGAGAUGUAAUUCUCACAGGCACACCAAGCGGAGUUGGGGUUUUCCGAGAACCAAAAGAAUUUUUAAAAGUAGGCGACGUAAUUGAGAGUGAAAUAGUUGGUAUAGGUAAGAUGGUCAAUCCUGUUGUGGAAGAUGAUUAAUUUUAAAGUGAAGUUAAAAAAUUAUUACAAUUUUUUUAAUUUUCAUAAAUGUCUUAAUAUUUAUUUUUUGAUAUAGUGCUUUUAGCAAUAAAAAUUGUAUAGGUUA